AUGUACUCGUCCGGCCUGGAGGUCCUGGGGAUGAUCCUGGCCGUGGCGGGCUGGCUGGGCGUGAUGGCGGCCUGCGGCCUGCCCAUGUGGAGGGUGACGGCCUACGUGGGCCAGAACAUCGUCAUCUCGCAGGUGAUCUGGGAGGGCCUGUGGAUGAACUGCUCGGUGCAGAGCACGGGCCAGAUGCACUGCAAGGUGCACGACUCCAUGCUGGGGCUGCAGGCGGACCUGCAGGCGGCGCGCGCCCUGGUCAUCGUCUCCCUGGUGCUGUGCGUCGUGGGCAUCGGCCUGGCGGUGGCGGGGGCCAAGUGCACCAACUGCAGCCGGGACGAGAGCAGCAAGCCCCGGCUGGCGGUGGCGGCCGGCGUGACCUUCAUCGCGGCCGGGCUGCUGCUGCUGGUGGCCGUGUCCUGGACGGCCCACGCCAUCGUCCUGGACUUCUACGACCCGCUGCUGGAGCAGACGGCCAAGCGGGAGUUUGGGAAUGCGCUGUACUUCGGGUGGGCCGCCUCCUGUUUGCUGGUUCUAGGUGGGGGGCUGCUCUGCUGCUCCUGCCCAUCCAGAUCUGCAGGAUUCGGCGGUGGCGGCGGCGGCGGUGGCUAUGCACCUCCCAGGAUGAGCUACUCUGCAGCCAAAACCGCGUCAGUCAACGGCUACACCAGAAGAGACUACGUGUGA